AUCCCCACUGGCACUGCAGGAGCGGAGUACUGAACCGAAGGAGCUGCAACAGCAACAACAACAGCAACAACAACAACAACAACAGCAGCAGCAGCCUAUGGGAACACCGCAGCAACAGCAGCAACAACAGCAGCAGUUUCUACAGCAGCAACAGCAGUUUUUGCAGCAGCAGUUUAUUCAGCAGCAUCAGUUGAACAUGCGGCUUCAAGAACAGCAGAGGCAGGCUCAGCAGCAACAGUUCCAACAGCAGCAGCUCGAUCCGCAAUGCGGAAAUCAUCAGGAAGGUGCCAACAGUAACAACAACAUUAACAACAACGCUAAUUGUAGCUGCGGGGGGACUCCAGCGACAGGAGCCGGGGGGACACCUACAAUGUCUUCACUGAACGGUAUACCUUCUAGCAGUAAUAGCAACGGUAGUACGGAGGAUUAUUCGAGUUUGGCGUUGUUCCCGGCACAGGAUAUGGUGCAACAGGACCCGAAUUUGAUGGCGGUCCCGAAUCCGUUCUUUGGAAUCCCUAAUACCAUCGACUGGGACGAAUGGAAUCAGUAUAUCGCUAGCGCUGGUCUUCAGAAGUUCUAGGCAAUCGUUCCUUCGUAUCACUCUUUUCGUUUGCUUCAAGUCAU